AUGGUAAGUACAAAGGCAACGUUGGCGGCAGUACGUGCGAUCGGCGCUUGCGCAUGCCACUGUUGUUCCGCGCAGACUCUCGAGUCUCGGCUCCGUAGUGAAUUUCGCCGCUCUCGCCCACUGAUCUACAUUUCACUACCAAUAUGGGUCAAUAACUGCCCACGCUCAGUUCCUCCGAGCGCGGUCAUUCACCUCGCCACUCCAAAUCAUUGUUCGCCAAAUGCAAAGCGUAGCUUGGGGUCGACGACCGGGCCGAUGGUGUGGUAG